AUGAAUUGUGUGGCAGAAGAAAUAUCACUAGAAGAGUCCUUUGACAAUAUGGCAUUAGCAGAGUUUGACUUUCCACCAGCGCCACCGGUUGAAGAAGAAAAUGAAUUAAAUUCUAAACUGAAUAACUUAACAAUUACUGUUCAUGAUCCGUAUGAUAAUAAUAGUAAUUUAACAGAAAGAUUUCCCUCACCACCAUUACCUCCACCACCUACUACUAAUUCUUUAUCGAAAGGAAUAUCAACGUCGUACAAUGGUAAGACACUUGCACCAAUCAAAAUUAGACCAAACGAAUACAACAAACGAAGUAGACGUCGAAAACGGCAUCGUACAUCAUCCUCACAUUAUAUUAACAGUCACAAAAAUACUACAUCAAAUGGAUCUCUGUAUGUAAGUCUAGCAGCUAAUAAUAACAUAUCCAAUUUGGUCGAUAAUAUCGAUGUGCCAUAUGCAACAUUAAUAAGUGUUAACAGCAACAAUGUAUCAAAAUCAUUUGAUAAUACACCGUUAUUUGGACAAGAUUCAUUCGAACAUGCAACGUAUCAGAAACUUGAACAUUGUAUUAUCAAAAACGACAACUUUUCCAAUACGAUGGUUGAACAAUUAAAAAACUCAUCUAGUUCAUCUAUGAGUGGAAUACACGAACAAACACCUCGCUUGCAAAACGAAGCAAACUCCGAUGAAAUUCAUCAACCUCUGUUCAAUGAAGGAAAACGGAAGAAACCUCCUCCUCCGCCACCACCACUACUGGAACCUAUAUUAACAUCAACACAAUAUAAUAAAGCUUUGCACGUAAAUCUGUCAUCUUUUAUUGACAAUAUCGAAGCCCCAAGGAUACCAUCUCGAAAACCGCGAGCACCCCGCAUUGAAACGAUGAUAAAAUAA